AUGUCGCGAAUCAUUGAUAAGCUGCCUCAACCAAAGACCAAGGCCCCGGUCAAGGUCAUUGUGGCAACGGCAAGCAGAACGGGAACGCUGAGCGUAUAUGAGGCCAUGAAGGUCCUGGGCUACAAAACAUUCCACAUGAAACAGUGUGUUCACGAAAGCGGUGUGCCGCACAUGGAGGUUCUCGCCGAGGCCAUCCAGGCGCGAUAUAGCCCCCUCUCGGGCAUCAAGCGGUACAGCAGGCCAGACUUCGAUAAGUGGCUGGCGGAAUAUGAUUGCAUCGUCGAAAUUCCGUAUUUCCUAGGUCCUGGACUGCUCAACGCCUACGCCGACGACCCCAACAUCAAGUUCAUCCUGACCGACCGCGACCCGGACAAAUGGGUGACCUCUAUGAACAGCACGGCCGGCGAAAUCGUCACCAAGAUGAAGCAGUUCCCGCUGAAUGUGUUGCACUACUUUAAUAGGGAUUUGCACAAAUUUGUCAUGUUGCACAAGGUCAUUUAUGAGGCGAUUGCCGACGGCACCGUUCCUGGGGAUAGAAACAACGAGGCGGCUAUGCGAAGGAAUUAUGUUUCUUACAUCGAAAUGGCCAAGAGCGUCCUCCCCGCCGAUCGGCUCCUCUUCUUCCAUCUCGAAGACGGCCUCGGCUGGGAACAAAUCUGCGCGUUCCUGCAUCUCCCUACACCCGAUCAGCCGUUUCCCACUCCUCAUGUCCAAGAGAACUUCAGGAGUAAUGUCCGUGACUGGCUGAAGCCCCGGAUUCAGAAUGCAAUGAUGACGCUGGCUGCUGUGGUGGUUCCGGUGGUGGGAAGUCUGGUAUAUUUUGGAAUCAAGAACCGGUCUGUUUUGGCUGGGGUCUGA